AUGACUGCAAAACGUGAAUUCCAAAAAUCUAAAUUAGAGUUAACAUUUGUCAUUGUUGGAGCAGGACUUGGCGGUGUCGCUGCCUCAAUUUCCCUCCGUCUUGCCGGCCACAAGGUCCUUUUACUCGAAGCAGCUACUCAACUAGGUGAAGUUGGUGCCGGAAUUCAAAUUCCACCGCCAUCAACCAAGAUCCUCGAGGCAAUGGGAUGUCUUGAUGCCGUUGAACGCGUAUCAAUUCACCCACGUGACAUUUUAAUCCACAGAUAUGAUAAUGGAGAAGUCAUUUCGAAACAAAAUCUUGUCCCCCAUGUGAAGGAUAAAUACGAUGGAAUGUAUUUACAUAUUCAUCGUGCAGACUACCACAAGUGUCUUGUUGAUAGAGCAUUGGAGUUGGGUGUAGAGGUUCACUUGAAUUGCAGAGUUGAUAAAAUUGAUUUCGAAAAUAACUCGGUAACAACAAUUAACGGGAAAACAUUUAAAGGCGAUGUUAUUGUUGGUUACGAUGGUGUUAAAUCAAAAACGCGCCAACAAUUGACGGGAGAACCUGGCGGUGCUUAUGACACAGGUGACUUGGCAUACCGGGCAUUGGUCCCAGUGGAGGAAAUGAAAAAGAUUCCAGAACUUGAGAAAUAUUGGUCACGUCCAGAUAUCCAUUUUUGGUGGGGCCCCACAUUGCACAUUGUUAUGUAUUUCCUUCAGGGUGGUAAAGUAUGCAACGUUGUUGGAUUAUGUCCCGACACUUUACCCAACGACGUCUUGCGCCAAGAAGCAAACCACCAGGAGUUGAUUGAAGUUUGCAAGGACUGGGACCAAGACUUACACCGCAUAUUCAACUUGAUUGAUGAUGUGGGCAAAUGGAGGUUGCAGGACUCAAGGGAAUUGGCACACUGGGUACAUGGCUCGGCAAAUGUGAUUAUUCUUGGUGACGCCUCGCACUCAACUUUACCAUAUUUAGCAUCGGGAGCAUCACAAGCAGUUGAAGACGCCGCCGUAUUAGGCGGGUUGUUUUCGCAUAUCGAAUCACGCGAUCAAAUCCACCAGAUUUUGGAAAUGACAGAACUGUUGAGAAAAUGGAGAUCUUCGCAAGUUGUGCGCGGUUCAGCUCACUGUAGAACCAUUUAUCACUUGGAAGAUGGAGAAAAACAACAGAUUAGAGAUUCGAAAUUAAAGGGAAAGAAACCAGAGUUGGGAUGUCCCAAUAGAUUUGCUGACCCCGUUUUUCAAGAUUUCCUUUGGGGUUACGAUGCAUUUGAAGAGAUUGAAAGAGCUUGGGCGGAAUUUGAACAAGGGAAGAUGCCAACAUACAGUUACCCAAAUUUGUAUGAAGACGAAAGGUUGUUGGAACCAAUCGUGUAA